GAGUUUCGACUCCGGCAUGGCAGCUCAAAUCCGCCAAUUCACACUCAGCUCCACCCCUUUGCUCUCUCACUCACUGCUCAUUUCUUAUGUUUCCUUCAAAUUCGGUGUUCUAUGAUUAGGAAACCAGCAGCUUCUUCUUCUUCUUCUUCUUCUCCUUCUUCUUUUCUUCUUCUUGGGGGGUCGCUGAUGAAGAAGGUGCUAGAUGCGAUCAAGGAGCUGGUCAAGGAUGCCAACUUUGACUGGUCGUCGACGGGGUUCUCGCUGAGGGCGAUGGACUCGAGCCACGUAGCACUGGUGGCUCUGCUUCUGAGGUCGGAGGGGUUCGAGCACUAUCGCUGCGAUAGGAACAUCUCUAUGGGUAUGAAUCUCGAUAAUAUGUCUAAGAUGCCGGAAAUGAUGAUAUCGUCACCAUCAAGGCCGACGACAGCAGAGAUACUGUCACCUUUAUGUUUGAGAGCCCUAGGUUUUCUGCUGUUUAGGGUUCUUGACUGCGGAUGCCAGCUUAGUAUCGUUGAGGAUGAUGGCUUCGCUUUACUUUAUUCCUUGUUUCUCGCACAAGACAAGAUCUCAGAUUUUGAGAUGAAACUGAUGGAUGUUGAUAGUGAGCAUCUUGGGAUUCCAGAAGCCGACUUUCAUGCAAUUGUUAGGAUGCCUUCAGCUGAGUUUGCUAGAAUUUAUAGAGAUCUUGCUAGUAUUGGUGACAAUGUUAUCAUCUCUGUGACAAAGGAUGGUGUGAAGUUUUCCACCAGAGGGGAUAUUGGAACUGCAAAUAUUGUCCUCAGGCAAAAUACCACCGUAGACAAACCAGAAGAUUCAACAAUUAUAGAGAUGCAUGAGCCGGUCUCGUUGACAUUUGCAUUGAGGUACAUGAACUCCUUUGCAAAGGCAACUCCAUUGUCAAAUCAAGUUACAAUCAGCCUCUCUUCAGACAUGCCUGUUUUGGUUGAGUACAAGAUUGCAGAGAUGGAUCGUCUCAGGUUCUACUUGGCUCCAAAGAUUGAAGAGGAUGAGGAUGAGACUAAACCUGAAACAUAACUCGAUCCUAUAAUUCUCCUUGUUUAGUGGAACCUCUGUUCAAUUUUCCUAAUCACCAAUAUUCCUGGAAUUUGUACUUUGAGACUUUUGCACUUAUAGUAAAGAUAUUGGAAGUUGGGUUAGAGGAAUUAUUGAAUCUUACAUGGGCAUGGAUAUGGAUUUUGUGCCUUUUUUGUGAAUCUAUGAUAAACAAUGCCUUAUCAU